CCCGUUGUGCUGCGGCUCCGCGCGGCCUGCAGUCCCGGGCCCGCGCCGCCCGCCCGCCCGCCAUGGAGCCCGGCCCCGACGGCCCCGACGGCCCCGCCGCCCCCGGCCCCGCCGCCAUCCGCGAAGGCUGGUUCCGCGAGACGUGCAGCCUGUGGCCCGGCCAGGCUCUGUCGCUGCAGGUGGAGCAGCUCCUCCACCACCGGCGCUCGCGGUACCAGGACAUCCUUGUCUUCCGCAGCAAGACCUACGGCAACGUGCUGGUGCUCGAUGGCGUCAUCCAGUGCACCGAGCGGGACGAGUUCUCCUACCAGGAGAUGAUCGCCAACCUGCCCCUGUGCAGCCACCCGGACCCCCGCAAGGUGCUGAUCAUCGGGGGAGGCGAUGGGGGCGUCCUGCGCGAGGUGGUGAAGCACCCCUCGGUGGAAUCCGUGGUCCAGUGCGAGAUUGAUGAGGACGUCAUCCGAGUCUCUAAGGAGUUCCUGCCGGGCAUGGCCAUCGGCUACUCGAGCCCAAAGCUGACCCUCCAUGUGGGCGACGGCUUUGAGUUCAUGAAGCAGAACCAAGAUGCCUUCGACGUCAUCAUCACCGACUCCUCCGACCCCAUGGGCCCCGCAGAGAGCCUUUUCAAGGAGUCCUACUACCAGCUCAUGAAGACGGCGCUCAAGGAGGACGGCAUCCUCUGCUGCCAGGGCGAGUGCCAGUGGCUACACCUGGACCUCAUCAAGGAGAUGCGGCAGUUCUGCAAGUCUCUGUUCCCGGUGGUGGCCUACGCCUACUGCACCAUCCCCACCUACCCCAGCGGCCAGAUCGGCUUCAUGCUGUGCAGCAAGAACCCCAGGACCAACUUCCAGGAGCCCGUGCAGCAGCUGAGCCCGGCCCAGGUGGAGCAGAGGCAGCUGAAGUACUACAACGCCGACGUGCACCGCGCCGCCUUCGUGCUGCCGGAGUUCGCCCGCAAGGCCCUGAACGAUGUGAGCUGAGCCCCGGGCCGCCGCGGCACACCGCCGGGAUCCCGACUGGACCAGGGGCUCCCAGGCCGCCGGGCGCCCAGGCUGGACCCAACCUCCGACGGGCGCUCGCCCACCCACCAAGUGUUACAGGCCCCAGAAUGCUGCCUGGCCUGCCCUGC